UGCAAUUGCAACGCACGUCGAAGCAUUAAAAGCCAACGCUGACGCUCGUAUAGUAUACGUUAAAACUGCUGCUGGAUCUAUUGUUACGCGCCCGGAUUUUGGACGCCUUUUUUGCUACCAUGAUCAGGGUAGUUCCCGGGGAUGUAACUACGGUCCCACCAUCUAAUGCGGGUGAACCAAGCUCAUCUUCGGCAGUCCGCGUAGGGCCAGGGCUCUUGCGUGGUGUGAGCAUGUCGACGCGGGGCGCUUCUGCUACCACUACACAGCUCGUAGCCACAAAGGCGGGCAUUCUUGGGGCUGUUAGGCCUGUGGACAAGGGCAAAGGCAAAGCCAAGGGUGUCGAAGGAAGGUGGAUUGAAAGCGAUACGCGGCGGUAUACUCCUCAAGUUGGCGACUCAGUUGUGUGCCAGAUCACAAACCGAAAUCCGGAAACGUAUAUCUGCACACUCCUGACGUCCUACCAUCACUGUACGCUGCCCGCGCUGUCCUUUGAGGGGGCAACGAAGCGGUCGAAGCCCAAUCUAAAGAUCGGGACGCUUAUCUAUGCCAAGAUCAUACAAGCGGAUCGCCAUUCCGAGCCCGAGCUCACGUGCGUUGACCCUCAAACGGGGAAAGCCGAUGGCUUGGGGGAGCUCAAGGUAAACGAAAGGGACGAAGGUAUCUGCAGAAUCUACAACAUCAGCUUGGCGCUGGCAUCAAGUCUCCUCGUACCAUCACAUCCACUCUUACCGUCGCUCUCGACUCAGUUCCCGUUCGAAGCGGCAGUCGGGCACAAUGGCAUAGUCUGGGUCCGCGCAGCGACGCCCCGACACGUCGUUGCCGUCGGCAAGGUGCUCGAAGCAGCUGGCGAGCUCAGCAUACCUUCAAUCCUGACGGGGCGUUCCAGCACAAAGUCAGCUACGGCGGAUAUGGAUGUGGACAUGCAAAGCCUCGACGGCGCUGGCCUGUCGGCCCAAGAGCUGGUGAAGCUGCGCGGCCGAUUGCCAGAGCAAGAUAUCGUGCGCAUCGUACAGAGAUAUGUAAACUAGGCGCUUAUUGGCGUUACAAGCAUCAAGUGGUAUCAUCCAUCUCGCCUCGGCGUCUUCCAAGCGCGGCGCCAAAGAGCGUGCCAAAGCGCCUGAGGUCGGAAAAAGCGCGUCCGCCAACACCACCCGCUUGGUUUCCCUGCGCAGCUUCGCCCGGUGUAGGGCUACGCAGGCCAGAGGACUCUCUAAAGUGGUCGUACUGAGAGUUGCUUCCCUGCCGGUUGAGAUGCAGGCUGUUGCGUCC